GCAUCCGAUUCCGAUCGCUUCUUCAUUCGAAAAUGGCGUCUGCAGGCGAUGGAAGUGCGACCGUGAAGAGGAAAAUCAACGAGCUCAAAGUUGUCCAGCUAAGAGCCGAACUCGAAGGACGAGAGUUGGACAAGAGCGGCAGUAAAACUGCCCUGGUUGAGCGUCUUUCGAAGGCUUUAGAAGAGGAAGGGGCCGAUCCAGAAACCUACGAGUUUGAGGUUCCUGCCGAAUCUUCUACAACGAAGAAAAUGAGUAACGAGGAUACUGAAUUAGGAAAUGAGAAAGGUGAUGUAGAAAAGGCACCUGAAGUUGAACCUGAACCUGAAACAGUGGAUGAAGCGGAAGAAGUGGAAGGCGAGAAGGAGGGCAGUUCUGAAGUGAUGGAUGCUGAUGCUCUGCAGCUGUCUAUUGAAGAUGAAGAGAAACUGCUAAAUGAAGAGGAGGAGAACUUUGACAAAUCAAAAGAUGAAGCCUCCCAACAGGAAGACGACGGCAGCAGCUCCGCAGCGGCCGCCCCAUCGGCUGAGCUGGCCAGCACCACUACUGGCGCCAAGAAGAAAGGUGCCAAGGCAACCCCUGCAAAGGAGCAGGACAAGGCUUCAACCGGCGACGGCUCUUCCCCAAAGCAGGACCAAGAAGGAGGGCAAGGGGGAGAUAGCGGCACAGAGAAACGCAAGAAAGAUGAUGAUGCCACCACGCCACCGACUGCCAACGGCACUGGAACCGCACCGUCAGCUACCAGCAACGGCGGCACCGCCCCUGCUAAGGCUGCUGCUGCAAAGAGUGCUGUGGGGAAGGCGACCUCAAAGACUGCAAAGACUGACAAAGGGGAUGCGAAGAAGGUAGUCACACCUGCCUCGAGUGGGCGAAAUCUCUGGGUGAGCAACUUGUCAUCGACAACGCGAGCGGCUGAUCUCAAGGCACUCUUCAGUAAACACGGCAAGGUAGUGGCAGCCAAAAUUGUUACAAAUGCAAGGACACCAGGUGCUCGCUGCUAUGGCUUCAUCACUAUGGGCACUGUGGAAGAAGCCACCAAGUGUGUCCAAAACUUGAACAGCACGGAGCUUCAUGGCAAGACCAUUUCUGUGGAGAAGACCAAGUAUGAGCCUGGCGGUGCACUGAAAAGGUCGGAAGCUAAAAACCAGGCUAAGGCACGAGCUGCUGCUGCCUCUGCUCGUAAAGAGGGAAAGUCCACUGAAACAUCGGCUGCGGAUAAAAGCUCACCAAGUCCGGUGAAGGCUAAGGCUCCCGUGAAAAAGGCUCCAGUCACAAAGAAAGUUGUCAAGCCCAAAGCUACAGCUGACAAAGCUAAAGCUUCAAGUGCAAAAGACUCUGAUGCCAAAAGUGGAGAUGAAAAGGAUGUCAUGGCGACUGCCAACAAUGAAGGAAAAGAAGACUCCAAGGACAAGCACCGCGAAAAGCGCAGCUCAGUCCGUGACCGGCACUCGGGACGCAGUCGCUCGCGAGAGCGGCUCCCUCCCCGCCACUCGUACUCGUCCAUUCGUCGUCCCUACGAGCGUAACAUGGGCUUCUACCGGAGGCCAAGCUUCUACCAGCGGCCCUUUUACAAUCGGGGCAUGAGCGUGGGGCCUGGAUUCAGGGGGCCCUCGUCGUUUGGUGCACACCGACUGGGCGGCAGCAAUGACAUGGCACUGAGGCGGAUGCGGGAAGAGCGUAUGCGCGUGCGAGAGCGCCUUGAUGUUCGUGAAGAGGAGCGACGCAACUAUCAGGACACCUUGCGCCAGCGAGAGCUUGAACGCAAGCAGAGGGAAGAAGCUUACCGAUUGGAACGUGAGCGAGAGCGUCUUAGGAUUGAACGAGAAAAGCUCGAACGGGAAAAGCUCGAACUCAUCUGCCUUGAACGCGAGAAGCAACGUCAGGAGCGGGAGCGCAUUCAAAAGGAGCGAGAAGAGCUUCGCCAAAGACAACUCCGAGUGGAAGAAACGCGGCGAGCUAUCAAGCGACCACUCGUGCCUGACCGAAGGGAAGAGGAUGCAUUUUACACAGAGCGGAGGCGAUCCCAUCAGACUAGGCCAGAAUACGAGAGUGCCUCUAGCACAAGCAAGCCAGUGGGCCAGCGUUCAGACAGGGAUGAGCGCUUUGGGGGAGGCACAAGCAGCAGUCGCCACAGUCAUCACAGCAGCAGCAGCCACCACCACCACAGCAGUGGCAGCAGCCACGGUAGCACACACGGCAGCACGCACGGCAGCAGCCACCACAUGCCUUCCUCGUCCCUGGGCAGCCAGAGCUUCUCGAGCAGCCGCAAUUCAGACUAUCGCCACAACGGCUCACGCAGCUCCAUGGCCGCACCACAACCGCCACCGCCGCCGCCACCAACCUCAUCGUCAUCGUCGCGAAGACCCUCAAUGCGAGAUGAGUGGCGCUCGGAAGGCACCAGCCGCAGGGAGCAUUCGUCGUAUGACGGGGCCAGCACUGGCCGCAGCAGCGGUGCGUUCGCUGUACCUUCCUGGACCAAGCCCAGCAGUGGCAGCAGCUUCGCCACCUCAAACAGCGGAUCACAGUCAUGGGUUUCUUCAUCCUCGCGCAAGCCAGAAAGCUCUUCUUCGUGGAAUGGUGGCAGUGGAGACCAUCACCAUCAUCGCUGGAGCAGUACCGUCGGCAGUAGCACUAGCAGUCGAGGCGCCAGCAGUGCAGGCUCGCAUUCAUCCAUUGCCGUGGGUGGAGGAAGCUAUUCGAGCAGCCUCUCAAAUGGUGGGGUGGGAAAUAGCUUUGGUGCAGGGGACCGAUACUCGUCGGGGGGUAGCUUGCGUAGGUAUUGAGUCCUUAGAACACAUCUGUGCACCUACCAUGCGAGCUUUGGUAGGAGCAGGAGGGGGGGACGUCAGCAAUUUUCAGGCUGGGUGCGGCAUUACCACUGCAAGAUCGGAGGCAGAAGAGCAAGAGUUAGUGCAGGGUGUAAAGCCUUUUGUUUUUACAUGGACCAUGCCUAUUUAUGUUAAUUUUUUUCCCCACAACUGUUGUGGAAGGUAGGCCAAAUUGUUCCAUUUGUUAUGUUACAGGCAUUUCCCCAUCUUCACAUUUUGUGUACAAGAACAUCUUGUCUGGCACACAGGCAGUUAUUUGACUACUGUUGUAGUAACUGUUCUUAUCACAUGUAGGCAUUGUGCAUUCCUCUUGUCCAGACAUUUUGUUUACACUUGUGUACAUCUACAAAUAAAGAGACAAUAAAAUGCAUCAUAUGAGCUUGCCCUCCAAGGUACAA